AGAUCCAAGUACAUGUCCACUGAAGAAAUUGAGAACAUCGCAAGGAUGCAGAAAGCUGCCACUCAGAUCACCGAUCCAUAUAUUGAUGAUUACUAUCAUCAAGCUUGUUUGGCCAGAAAAUCAGCAGGAGCACAACUGAAGCACUACUUCUGUCCAACCUUGAUCAGAGAUACAUCUUCUCGUGCACGCAGUAAGGAUGAGCCACAUGCGUAUCUUCAGGUUGAUGCUCUUGGGCGGCUCCCAUUUUCUUCCAUCCGCAGGCCCCGUCCGCUCCUUGAUGUUGAAGAAGCCUCUGAACCAAGUGAUAGCACUACUGAAAAAUCUGCUUCAAAAUCUCUUGACCAAGAGCCGAUGCUGGCUGCUAGAAUCACAAUUGAAGAUGGCCUUUGCCUACUACUGGAUGUGGAUGAUAUAGAUCGUUUGCUUCACUUUAGUAAACAGCCAGAUGGUGGUUUGCAACUUAGAAACAGAAGACAGGCUCUUCUCGAGCAGCUGGCAGAAUCACUGCAAUUAGUUGAUCCACUUACAUCUAAUAAGGAUGCACCUCUGUCGCAAAAUGACGAUCUAGUGUUUCUCCGCAUAGUAUCUCUUCCGAAGGGUCGGAAACUACUUUCUCGUUAUAUUGAUCUUGUUACUUCAGGUAGUGAGCUUGCAAGGAUUGUUUGCAUGGCAGUUUUCCGGAAUCUAAGAUUUAUAUUUGGCAAUUUGCCCUCUGAUAGCAGCAUAGCUGGGACCACAACUAAACUUGUAACUGCCGUUUCCACGUGUAUUGUUCGGAUGGACUUGAGUGGACUCAGUGCUUGUCUUGCAGCUGUUGCAUGUUCGUCACAGCAACCACCUCUCCGACCUCUGGGAUAUGCUGCUGGUGAUGGCGCUUCUGUCAUCAUAAAGUCUCUACUGGACAGAGCUACAGAGCUUCUUACUGAUCAACAUGUGGCCUCUGCUUACAGCAUGCAGAACCGAACUCUAUGGCAGGCAUCAUUUGAUGCCUUCUUUGGGCUGCUUAUGGGGUAUUGCAUGAGUAAAUUUGAUACUGUGGUUCAUACAGUGCAAAUUCAACCUGCUGCUGCAGCUGUGAUAAGCAGGGAAACACCAGUGGAGCUGUUGCGUGCCAGCCUUCCUCACACAAAUGAGUAUCAGCGCAAGCAGUUGCUCAGUUUCGCUCAGCGCACUGUGCCUGUCAACAGCUCUAGUUCUCAUGGGUCUGGUAAUGUGCCGAUGGCAUCAGAAUAUGUCCAGAGCUGAAAUAGAAGAACAGAGCUGCUUUUCAUAAUCUAUAUACUUGAUAUGGUUCUUGCGAGUGGUGGGAAGAACAUAGAUAUUGUGGUGACGACAAAGAAUGAUGGUCUCGGUCAAAUAUACAAAGGAUGAUCUUCGGCCACUUUUGGAAGCUGAAAUUGAUGAAUUAUGUUGCUGAGACUGAGGUAGAGAAGGCUGCUACAAUGGAUGGUGCCCGAGGGGAACAUGAUCGCUGGAUGUGUUAAGCCUUCAUUCUGUCAGCCAAAACUUUUAGGGUGCUUUCUGUUGCAUUCCAUUGCACGAUCUAAACUUGUUUUAGCGCUUUAGUUUUGUUAUUCGUAUAUGAAUUUUGUUGUUUUCUCGAUGGCCUGUAAGCUGUUCUUCUGUUCUUCCGGCGCUUGAAUUGGCACAAAUUAUUACUGCAAGCCUUGCGUAUCAGCCUGACAUUUGAACAUGCUGACAAAUCAACAUUUCUGCAGUUUGGGUUAA